AUGGAAAUUAUACCAAUAUCUUGGGUCCCUCCGCCCCCAGAAGGGACAGAGGGACUUGUAUUAUAUAGGGAAUGGGGAUAUUUCCUGAAAACCAGAGAAAUGUAUUAUCAAUCUAUGAUGGCAUUCGAUCAUGCAAUUCGCAUAAAUCCAGAAGAUGUUCGUACACUAAUUGGAAGGAGUAAAAUGAAUAGCGCUGCUACAAACUAUAAAAUGGCAAUGAGAGAUGCCGAAGCAGCUUUAGCUCUCGAUCCCGGAAACCUGUUGGCUGCAUAUCAGCAAGCUCAAGCCAAGUACGAACUGGGCGAUUUCGAACAAGCCCUAAACUUGUACCACAGAGGCUUACGACGAAGGAAACAGCCGCCAAACUUCGCCGAGGGCGUAAUGCAGUGUUCGGAAACGAUAGAGGACUGCAUUGGUUACAACGUGGGCAGCGUAUUGAAAGAUUUUGAGUGGACGAUAACUGCGAUGGAUAAGUUUAGGAUUUCCGAAGCAGAAAGACUGAAAAACUUGCCGGAGGAAACUUGCGUCGAAGAAACCGACAAAGAGAGGGAAGAACGAUUGGGAGCAUUGAUAGAUGCACAAGAAAGACAUAGGCUAGAAGUCUUGGGACGUGUAAUGGCAGAAAAAUAUUUGGGACGCUUGGCGCAUGAAAAAUAUUUCCUGAGGACGUUGAUCAGCGAUUACCGGCUGCCUUCGGCAAAUAAAACUGGAGGCGAAACUCUCAAGCAAUUGUGUGUAGAAGCAUUCCAAGCACUUCAGAACCGACAGGAAGUACUUCGAACAAGACGCCCAUGGUACAGCGUCAAGUACAGGGAUUUAGUGGACUCGGAAAGGAUUCGUAUGAAGAAGAAACAAUUGCUCGAGAGAUCAAGGGCUGUCGCCAAGAUCGACGCAGAGAAAUUCGUAACACUCCUACGACAGGCGAGACAGGAUAGAAACAUCAAGUUCUGCCUGGAGACGAUUGACAGGGCGAAGGUAUUCAUGGAUUCCAAAACUAAAAAAUCUCUUCCAAACAAAAAAGAACUGAUGGAUACAAUGUAUAAUAUUGCGGGUUUGACGUAUCUUCAAAUGUACCGAAUAAAUCCCGAUAUGGGUUAUGAGGCCAACAAGAGGGUACAGUUUUUGUUCGGACAAAUGUUACACAGUUUACCGACGGAAGACUCGAUCAUAGAUAUGAAGUUCCCUUAUGUGGAUUAUAAAAAAGCGAUUCGUACGGCCGAGACGCGCGCCGAUUUAUCUGCGGACCGUCUGGAGCGUGCCUUCUACUUCCACGAAUUAGGCAGGUACUACAUGGAAAUUCAUAAGUAUGAUAUGGCUAAAAUGUACGCGAAGAAAUCCAUGAACGAUGCCACUUUCGCAAAGAAUUACGCCUGGGUAGUGAACGCGGCCAUAACAUGCGCUCGGGCGGAUAUAAUGGUGCACAACCGAAACGACGCCAAGAAGAAUUUACAAGUGGGAUUAGAUGCAGCGUAUCAUAUGAGGAAUGAUACUGUUAUUGAAUUUAUAGAACAGUGUAUCUCCCACGUGGAAUCGGUAGACUUUGCCGAUAUGAUAACGGAAGGUGGCGUCGAACAGCGCGAGAAGCAAAUCGUAGAUAUGAUGAUGGGAACGGGAAUGAAGGAAGAAGCCGAAAGUCUGUUCCGCAGGAUGUCAGCCUUGCCUGCGAAUAGACGAUUGUCCGUGAUGCCGGGAGUCAAGGCCAAGGACGAAGAGAGCAGGGACGCCAAAACCAAACCGAGGAAGUCGAUUAUGCCCCCAAGUGUUACUCAAGUCAAAGAUAAACCUGAUAAAAAGAAACCGAAAGGAUAUCAAGAAUUCGAUUUAUAA